UGUGCAGUCUCCAGACUCCUGGAAUAAAUUUAGACAGAUGAAAAGUUUUAUGGUUCUUGCAAGGUACUUCCCUUAAUUUUGGAAGCAGAAUCGGAGUGUCUUUGACAUGCUUGGUCUGUAAUUUGGUAUGUGCGUAUCAUGUAUGUCCCGACUUGAUGAUGUAGUAUGAAAAGCAGAAGACGGUAACGUUGUAGAUCUGGACUUCAGACGUUGAGGAGCCACAACUUUGACAAGCUUACAAAAUUGUGAUUACAGUCCGUCGCCAGAGCUGCACACUGAUCAAAGGCAAUCUGUUAGUUUUUCUACAGUCACUGUAGAAAAUAAAACAGCUGAAAUUGAACACUCCUCGUUUCUGCCGACUUACAAGCAUGUAAAACACUAUGAGGAGGGCAAGCCGUCUAUGUGUCCUUUAGUCUGGUGAUGAAAGAGACUUUGGCUCACUGAGACGUUCAAAACGAAAUAUACUGAGCAUCUUUUGCGUUUACGUUCCAUUUUUCUCUUCUUCUUUUUCAUUGUUCGCUUUUCCCGCAACAUGCCUGUGUCCAUGAGCGUUUGCAUAAGUAAGCUGUCGUUAAGAAUUAAAUAUGAUGCACAAAGGAAGUGUUUUUUUUCCCUUUUCCCCAGCCUUUUUGUCUGUUUCACAAAGACUUCUCAGUCUUCUUCCCACAGGUUUAUUUUCGUCAUCCGAGCUGAGACAUGUUGCUACCACAUUUUUAGGUCCAGACCAAACGUCCAAAGGUCAUUCUGGUUCAGGACAGGCGGAGGGAUCAAACAAAAACUGUUCCUGAGGAAAUACCUGACCGCAACCGUGAGGGAUUCCUACUAUGAGUUUUAAACUGAGAAUGCUUUGGGUCAGCAUAGGCUCAUCCUUGGUACAUUGGGUGGGAUUUAAUGCUAGGCUGAGAGGGCCAAUUGAGGCUUGGCACAGCCACGAGGUUAGGGUGAAUCACAUGGAUGGGUUUGGCCUGCGUUGGUUUGUUGGGGCACAGCUAUGUGCAGUGGAGACUGCAGACAGACUGUGGCUAAGGUACUCAUAAAAGAGAUGGACUUCCGAUAAAGGUCACAGAUUUUAAGGAUGUGUUAAAAAAAAAAAAACAUGACAAAAAAGUAAACAAAACAUGAUGUGAUGCAAUGAACUUCUUGCAUUAAGGAGAGACGAUUAGCGGUGAAUGCUGACGGAGCUACUCUGGUUUGUCAUGCUAAAGAGGGCAGCCAGGGUUUAGAGUUACAGGUCCAUCUGAAUAGGACGUGUCCUGGAUUCCUUCCUCUGAAGGUUUUCCCAGCUCAUUCCAAAGGGAACACACCCCGCGGCAGACCCACAACUCGUUGGCAGGACUUUGAAAUCCUUCUGGUCUGGAAACAAAGGCAAGGAGCUAAAGCGAAUCACUGCAGAAAGUCGGGUCUAGAUUGUUCUCGUGGAUGUGUUAAAAGCAGUACCCGACCUUGGUUGAAUGACAAAAGGAGGUCGGAAUGGAAAAUAGGAAAAAAACAAAACAAAUAAUAACCUGACGAGGCUACUUUUGCACCAUAAGAUUAAGAAUUGAACAAUUACCCAACAUCACUUUACAGGGUUAUAAAUCUACCGAAACACACAUGACAAGUGCCAAAUUUACCAGCUCUGACCGGCCUCCUGUGUCCCUCCAACAUUUUUUGUGACAGAGAACCCUCCUCACCUCCCCCGCCAUGCAUCUCCUUACCGCAGUUCUCCUCCUGCUGAUCCUUGGGUCGGCUGAACCUUGGAGAGUUCCGGGGUCAAAGGCCACAGAGAGGGGCACCAGGGGUCGCGUCCGAGGCAAAGGAAGGACCGGCGUCAUGAGGCGUCAAACUCAGGAAUGCAAGGAGUACAUGGAGGCCGGGGAGAAGUACCUGGACUGCCAGGACACGCAGCUGACCUUUGUGAGGCAGGACUGGCCCAAAGACAUCCAACAUCUUCUGCUGGCCAGAAAUAAGAUUCAGAUUUUACGGGAUAACAUGUUCGAGCAGUUCACCCAGCUGAAGAGCCUGGACCUUCAGCAGAACGUCAUCUCGGUGAUCGAAGACGACGCGUUCAGCGGCCUUUCCCAGCUCACCACCCUCCUCCUCCAGCACAACCGCAUCAGGUCAGCCUCAGAGGAGGUCCUCCUCCCGCUCCCCCACCUCACCUACCUCCGGAUUUUCGACAACCCCUGGAGCUGCCGCUGCCCGCUCGACAGCCUGGUCAGGACCCUGCAGGUGCCCAGCAAUCGAAACCUGGGCAACUACGCCAGGUGUGCCGAGCCUCGCUCUCUGAAGGGCCAGAAGCUAAAAAAGCUGACAGCGGACUUACUGUGUGCCGAGGACAACAGGCCGGAGGAACCCCAGCCAGGGCGUCCCAUAGUUCGGACAGACGCCGUGUCCAUUUGUCAUCUCAAAUAUCCCAGGCUCCUGCUGGACUGCUCACACAAAGGUGAGAGAAAAUCUGGGUGUCCAUUUGUCUGCGAUACUGUGGGAACACAUGACAAAAAAAACAGAACACACACUGGAGCAAUAGACAAAAUAUUAUGUUCACGCACGGAUCCCAGCCAACAAAAUUGGGCUCAAUGAAUGAAACUUGGUACUUUUUGUGUGCAACCAAAUCGUAAAACAAAAGGCUGGCUCAGCGGUACGAAACAAAAAAGCAGUACAAAACAUUAAUCAUACAGCAUAGUCAUGCUUGCUUAUCCAGUGAAACUGAGCACAUGAGUUAAGUUUGCAGUCUUCUGUUAUGGCUACAGUCAGACACCAGAGAUAUAUUUGCUUUCAUAGCGUUUGCUAGCCACACUGGAAGGGAAGGAGAUUUCUUUGGGGCGAUUUAUCCUCUAUUCAUUCAAAAUCUCCACAGCUCACGACAGCAGAUGGUGGAUAGGCACAACUGCAUUCAACUUGGGGAAGCCGUAGACCGUUUAAAAUGUUGCGUCAGUUUUGCUGGGUUUCUACCCACAAAACCACAAACUUGUAAACUACAUAAUUGCUGCACUUAUUUUCCACAGAUUUAAAUACAGCACAAAUAUUGUUGCAAUGACCAUAAAUU